AUGCAGCGGCGUGGCGAGACCACCAACGGCGACCCCGCCAUUACUCACCGCGAGACACGGAGCUCCGCCCGCAGACGGAAUGUGACUUGGGGCAGACCGACAGGUGUGGGCUCGGCCGCGCCUCAGGCGCCGUGGGUCCCGACUGGUCGCGUAUCACGCUCUGUGGCGGUGGGAGCUCGAGGAGGUGGUGGCGGAAACAGGGGAAGAACAGGCGGGCGGAGGGGAGGAGGCAGGGGGCAAGCGGCGCUGCUCGGGGGAGAAGUGGCAGUUGUGAGAUCUGGCACAUGGCGGGAACGCCACGAUCAACCAGAGGCUGUACCUACAGCUGCGAACGGGACAGUACAAGGGUCUGAAGGGACAGGAGAGGGGAGCGAAUUUAUCCCCAGCCGUUCGCAGUCAGCGGAGGACGAGGAAGCAGAGGGGGAGUCAGAUGUGCAGGGGGGCGCGCGGCACCAGGGAAGAAGACCAAACGCUGACGAUCCACACGUCCCUGUGCCCGAUGCGGCGGGUACGGUGACGGGGCAGCCGAGUGAGAAAUCUCCAGCUGACCUGGCAAAACUUGAUGCCAUUUGGGUGAUGGCGAGCAAAUGGGAUGUGGCGCCACUCCAGCGACACGAUCAACCCUUCCUGGUUCGGCGAUUGCCACCGAAAAUCUUAGAGAGUUACACAUUGUGCCUGCUCGCCCCACUCCUGCGACUCGGGAAACACCCUGACUGUCCAGGUGCUUGGACAAUUCUACAGUAUUUACCGAGAUUGACUCUGCGGCAUGACCCUGAACCUGUUGAAGGCAACAGGUGGCUGACGAUCGAGACUCGCCUGCACCAUUUCAGACUUGGUGACUGGACGGAACUUUACACCAAUGCCUGUGUUAUCCCCGCUACGGGUGAACCAGUAAGACACCAACCCGACAACGCAGGCCCCUGUGCACGAGCUGAAGGACUCAUUAAAAAGGCCAACCUCUCCAAAGCAGUUACGGCGUUACAAAUAACGCCGCUCGCCGAGUCAACACCUGCGACACUCUCCGCCCUCCAAUCGAAACAUCCCGCGGCGGAGAUUGAAAUCCCGAACUGGGUAACCGGUCAAACUGCCUCGUCAAUCAGUGUGACACCUGACGACGUCCGCGAGACCCUUGCGAAGUGCCCAAAUGGGAUUGGAGCGGGGCCCUCAGGCACGUGUUUUGAACAUCUCAGGGACCCAGCACACUGCAACGCAGAGGUGCUACUCCUGCUCACGCAACUCAUCCGCGGCUUACCCAACGGCAAGCAAACGCAGGCGGUUCGUGAUCUGGUCCUCCCGUCCCGCUUGAUCGCCCUAGAGAAGCCUGGUGGCGGAGUCCGUCCGAUCGCCAUCGGUGAAGCCCUACUCAGAUUAGCGGCGAAGGUGGCGCUAAAGGAGCUAGCGCCUGUGAUACGCGAAUUCUUCCUCCCCGUCCAGUACGGAGUGUCUGUACCGGGAGGCGCUGAAUGUAUAAUCCACACGGUCCGCUCACUGCUGCACGAUAAUGACGACCACAUCGCCCUGCAGCUCGACGUAGAGAACGCAUUUAACAGCAUCGAGCGGGCGGCUUUCUUCACCACCCUCUCACGAACGGACCUUCACCAACUGUUGCCGCUGGUCGGAACGCUUUAUGACAGGCACUCGCGUCUCCUAGUAGACCCGCGUUUAGGAACGGACCGCAUCGUCUCUUCCCGUGGGGUCAGACAGGGGGACCCACUCGGCCCACUACUCUUCGCAGCAGCCAUUCAGCCCAUCUUGCAAAGCGCGGAAUCCCUCGUGCCUGAAGCAGCAGUUGUCGCGUACGCUGACGACAUCACAAUCGUUGGACCCAGAGAUGCCGCAUUCCAAGCGUUUGACAUAAUCGUCACGGAGUUAAGGAGAUGCGGGCUGCGAUGCAACAUUGCGAAAUCAGCUGCUUGGGGUCGGUCUUUGGGAGAGGAUGAGAACGAGGAGCUGCCACAUGGUUUGGUGAGGAGUAGGGAGGGAAUCAGAGUGUUAGGGAGUCCUAUUGGGACCACGGAGUACUGCACGCACCAGGUCCGCGCAGAGCUCACCAAAGCCUCUGCUCCAGUGCCUCUCAUCGCCCAACUGCACCCGCAGCAUGCGCUACUACUCCUGUCCCGGAGCAUCUCACGCCGCAUCUCUUAUCUGCUCCGCACAACGCCAAGUGACGCUCUACAAAGGGACGAAUGGAGGCAAUGGAGUGAAUCACUGGUGGGAGCUUCACUAGCAGCGGCCAAGCUGAGAAUCCCCACCUCGGAGUUGGACCGAAGCCUCCUCUGGCGACAGGCCACUCUACAUGUGCGACUGGGCGGCCUGAGCAUUGUUGACCCCAUCUCGGAAUCACCAGCAGCGUAUAUCGCCUCGGUUACAGCGGCACGGCAGCUGCUUUCACAGAUGCACCUAUCCGAGGUGCACCUUCUCAGCCGCGCAGCAAUGCUUUUGUCACAUGAUUGGUCACCCGAUCCACCAAGGGUGAACCGGGUGGCGGCACUAGAGUCUGCACUCCCGGUAGAGGCACAAGCAGCCAUGCAUGCCUACAGAACGGGGCCGGCGGGACAAGGGAACCUGCAGGUAGCCUUGUCCAGGCACAUCAACACCAGGAGGGCAGCAGAGCUCCUCGCUGACACGAUGGUAGAUAAACCGGGAGCAGAGUGUGGGCACGGGGUGCGGCUUGUUAGCCUGAGAGGGGUGGGGGCGGGGGACUGGUUGCAGGCGGUGUCGAAGAGAGCUGACCUUACAUUAUCCCCUGGUCAGUUCUCGAUGGCCCUAGGAUUCCGCCUUGGCCUGUCCCUACCCGUCACAGUGACAUGCCUUUGCAAAAAGGACGGCUCCAGCAUCUCAGACACUAGCCUAGCUAAUCACCUGCUGCGCUGCGGGGUUGGAGGGGAUGUGGUGUGGACUCACAACAGCUUGGUGUAUGCCGCGGUCAGAAUGGCUAGGGAGGCGGGCUUCAACACGUUUCACGAGACCUCGGUCUUCUCCCCGCCCGUCAUGCGCAAACGUGCCGACCUAGCCUUUCAGGAUAGGGAAUCGGCCGAGACCUGGGUCACGGACGUCACAGUUACCGAUCCUGUACUUCAGAAACGGGACCCCAGGGCCAUCUCGUUCCUAAACAAGUCAAACAUGGCCACGGAGGCGGCGUACCCCCAAGCACCAGUUGAUCCCUGGGAACCUAGCCUGGGGGAUCUCUACCAGGUGCUCGAGGACGACCUCGGUGGUGCUUAG